AUGACGGGAACGACAAUGGGAGCGAUGAUGAUGGAAACAGCGAUGGAAGUGAGGGUGAUGAUGAUGAUGAUGAUGAUGAUGAUGAAAGUGAAGAUGGGUGUGAUUACUUGUAUGACGAUGACAGCGAUUGCGACGGUGGCUGGUGUGCAAGAACUCCAUCUCCAUCUGUGGAGAGUCUCAAGCCCUUGGAAGCAGCGCUGGAAUUGGGUGGGUCCACCUAACAGUCACUAUGUGAUCUACCACAGCAAGAGCGCUACCUUCGCAGAGGCUCACCGGGACAAACCCAGAGGGAAGGUCGUCCACCUCCAGGCGUUCAGCGGGAUCAACCCAACCACUCUGCCUAAGAUCAACAGACUCAACACAUCUGCUCUCUAUCAGGUGACCCUCAUGAAAGGUCAAGCUGGUGUUACAUAUAUCGCUGGUUUGUCAGGGGUCAUGAAAUCUGCAGCAGACGCAUGGACCAUCUCAAUGACCGAUAAGAGAGCCCUUCAGAUUGUUGGACCAAAUGGACCGUGUCGCUAUGCUCUCUUCACAAACAUACCAGAAGAUGUUCAUGAUCCAAAAGAAAGGUGUUUCCAAAAAGGCUGCCUUGCAACGGGAGAUUCAGAAACCGUAGAGGGAGGUCUGAUCAUAGAUGAUGAUAACUUGACCAUCUGGGUGGACUACAUGACCAAGGUCUUAGUGACCUGUGAUGGGGUCACCGUCCAAAAGGUAGAGGGAGGAAAGUGGAUGGAACAGCCUGACGGUAGAUUGGCUUUCCAGAGGGGGUUGACUGAGAAGGAGAAGAGCCCAGGACUAAAGGUUUAUCGAGCAUUUGCCUUACGGAAAGAUUUAAAUGGAGCUGAUGUAUCUAUUGAACUGGGGGGUUCCCCUCAUCAGGUGAUCAAGCAACCUCCUGGGGUAGCCUAUGCUCUCAACUGUGGUGGUCCGGCCUACCACGCUCUCAAUGGCGCCGUCUUUGUGGACACACAGACACAGUUCAAGCCCAUUGAAACGGGCGGACUGGAUUGCAUGCACAAGUUCAGCGCCCACACGGCUCAAGACCGCAACCUCCAUUCCCUCCUUUCGAGCACGUAUGACUCCUUUCUCUUCAGCUCAUACAACUGUACGCACGAUGGCUUUAAUGAUAAAAUCAAGUUUCCUUUGCCAUUGUCGGGAGGAGACUACACGAUGCGUCUGUACACUGUGGGUGGAUGGAUGACCAAGGGGUACAUCCAUUACGAUAGCACGGAGCUUACUUCACAGAUUCUUGAUCAGUUGACAAGUGAAGACCACAUACACGCUGUAGGAACCACGGCAAAGACAUGUGAAGUACCGAUCAAAGUAGAGAAGGAAAACACCACACUCUCUUUCCGCACAAAUGGAGACGAUGUCUGCUUGUCUGGAAUCCUGGUUUAUGACAAGGAUUUUAAGGAGCCAACUCUUACUCCUGAAGAGAGGCAGAAGGAAACCAAGAUCAAGCAAGAGCUUGCUGAUAAGUUGCUGCCGUUGAAUCGUACAUUCUCUCUGAAGGAGAUGAAGAUUGCCGGCUGGUCUAAAAACCUUCUUGAAAAUGCAUCGGGGGAGAAUGGGGAUAUGAGUCACUGGAAUAUUAGUGGAGACUUCAAGGUUGAUGACAAUGGUGAUGGCACAGAGAAAAAGUUUAUGACAUCAUAUAUGGAAUGCAACAAAUCUCAAGAUGUCAAUCUGACUCAGCAUUUUACAGAUGCGCAUUUGGACUCGGCACCUGAAAUUCAGGCAUCUGAAUCUUUCCAUGAGGGAGGUUGCAAAGGAGGCUUCUACAGCUUCACGGUCUCCCUCCUAGAUGCAAGUGACAAUGUGAUUGUCAAACAGACGACUGGACGUAAAGGUAGCAUCACUACUUCAGGGUGGAUCAGGGAGAGCUUUACUUUCAAGGGCUAUGGACCAGGAGUUAGAACUGUUUGCUUCGAAAGCCACGGUGAGGACGACAAGAGCUGGGCAGGAGCUUUCGGGGCCUGGAUAUCCGCUGGUGUGUUGCGCGUCAAGAGUGAAAUCAGCCCGGCAAGCGGAGAUGAAUAUUCAGAUGUCGAGACGAGUACGGCCGAGGAGAGGAAGCAAGGUGUCACUUCUUUCUUACGCCACCUGCAAGAGGAGCACCGAGAUUCCCUGAAGUUCAUGCUCACCUCAUCAGAAGCUGAUAAACCAGGUGAUGAAGCUGCCAAGGAUAAACAGGUCAAACCAGAAGAGGUCAUCCAACCUAUGAUCAUUGUGAAGAAGAAAACAGUGAAGCGUGAGAUCCGAGUCUUCGUUUCCAGUACGUUCCGAGACUUUGAGGAGGAGAGAGAGUUGAUCAUCAAGAAGGUGUUCCGUGAGCUGAAUCGACUUUGUCUGGAUCGGGGGGUCUUCUUCACCUACGUUGACCUUCGAUGGGGGAUCACAGAGCAGCAAUCUAAGGGAGGGAGGACCAUUGAGAUAUGUCUACGAGAGAUUGACAAGUGUCGUCCAUACUUCAUCUGCAUGAUGGGGGAUCGCUUUGGCUGGAGCCAGUCCAGUAAGUUCAAAGAUGAGCUUCUAGACAAGAGCUAUGACACUGUAGUUGAUGCCUACCGUCAGUUCAAGUGGGUUGAUGAUUACCGUUUCAACUCUAGUGUCACACAGCUCGAGGUGAUGUACGGGGCGAUGAGAAAACACAAAGAGAUCAAGAAGGAACGCAUCUUCUUCUACCUUCGUAAGCCGAUGGUGAAAAGAGAAGACCUUCCGCCCCCUGUGGAGACUGAGGAAGAUAGAAAGAAUGUGAAAGGAGAAACACAGUGGCACUUUGAUCUGCAAACCAAGCUGAGGAAUUCUGUUGCAGAGUCCGGACACACUAAAAGGACCUAUGUCAGUGCUGUUGAUGCUGCAUCAAUGAUCAAAGAGGAUUUGAUCAAGUGCAUCAAUGAGGAUUUCCCACCUGGCACCAACCUUACAGCUCUACAGAGAGAGUCAGAAGCACAUGAUGCCUUCGCCAACGCUAGACGACGCGUCUACAUCGGACGACAGGAGUACUUUGAUUACAUCGACAACUACUUUGCUCAGAAACCAGAGGGACCUCUUACGAUCAUCGGUGAAUCUGGAUCUGGUAAAUCUGCCCUUGUUGCCAAUUGGUGCGGCCGUUUUGAAGAGCGAAACCCUGGAACCUUCCUCUUCAAACAUUUCAUUGGCAGCUCAGCAGAAAGUGCAUCUCAUGUGAAUCUGUUGAGAAGACUGUACGGUGAGAUGAAGCAGUUCUACAACCUUGAAAUGGAAAUACCGACCUCUGACAGGAACCUGAUCAUUGACCUCCCAUCAUGGCUCAAUAUUGCAAGCAACAGGUCAAAGGUCAUGAUUGUUCUGGAUGCCUUGAAUCAGUUGGACAGUGGAGCAGGAGGAAGUGGUGAUGAGAAGAGCCUGACAUGGUUGCCACAAACAUUGCCUAACAAUGUGCAAAUGCUUCUCUCCACGCUUCCUGGGGAGACACAGGAUGUGAUAGAGUUGUCAGGAUGGCCCAUGUACAAGAUCCAAGGUCUUCAGGAGAAUGAGAAGCUGGAUAUCAUCACCGGCUACAUGGAUCUCUAUGGCAAGACCCUCAACAAAGAGCAAACCGAUCUCAUCAUCAAUGCCAAACAGAGCUCUAACCCUCUAUAUCUCAAGGCUCUCCUGGAUGAGGUUCGUGUGUACGGCGACUUCUUCAAGCUGACCCCGGCCAUCAAGUCCUACUUGACGGCGGAAGACCCUGGCGCUCUCUUUGUCAAGGUCUUGCAGAGGUUGGAGAACGAUUUUGAGAAGGGAGCUGUUUGUAGACCUAAUCUUGUGAGGGAUACGACCACAGCCAUCUGGUGCUCACAUAGAGGAAUGAGUGAGAGUGAACUCCUGACUUUGCUCAAGAUACCGAGUGCAGUCUGGUCUCCUUUCUACCUCUCCCUGGAGGACAAUCUCAUCAACCGCAACGGACUGCUGAACUUCUUCCACGAUCAUCUCAGACAAGCCGUUGAGCGUCGCUACCUGCCCACGGAUGAGGACAAGCGCAAGAAGUUUGUGGAGCUGUCAAACUUCUUCAAUGCACAGGAUAUUGAUGAUAGAUAUUCUGAUGAGGUGCCAUACCUACUGAUCCAAGCCAAGGAACUGACCCGUCUGAAGGCUACCAUCCUCAAUGUCAACGUCUUUCAGUUCCUGAUGAAGACGGAGGACGGCAACUUCCAGCUCAUCAUGGCCUGGAGAAUGUUGGGAGGUUUUGAGCCCGUGGAACAGGCCUACCUGGACGUCCUGUCUAAAUGUGAGGUUAACUGGGAGCAGGAUAAAGACAAGGUGGAACUCAUCAAGUUCAUGGCCGUCUUCUUCAUGCAACUCGGAUUGCUAACGGGUGCUAGGGUCUUGAAUGAGCGUUUGCUGAAGGAGAUCGAGUUGAGGUACCUUGCUGAGCAUUCUACCAUCGUACGACAUCAUUUCAACUACAGCAUGAAACUCAAAUGUAACCAUCCCACCGUCAUUGAUGUCCUGAUAGAGCUGGGAAAUGUUUGUCUGAAACAAGGCAACUUCAAAGCUUCCGAAGAAUAUCUGGAAGACGCCCUCUCUAGGCUGACCAAGGUCAAGACCCCACAGCAGAAACUCCAGCUAGUCAAGGCAGUCAUUACCAUGGUAUCUGUCCAGCGUCGUCAAGGUGACAUAGAUUUUGCCAAGAAGCUACUGAUGCGAGCCCUAGGGGUCAGCAAAGAGGUCGUAGGUCACGACCACCAUUACACAGCUGCUCUGCUUGGAAUGCUUGGCGAGAUACUCUACGACCAGAGUCGAUUGGAGGAGGCCGUAGCUUGCCACACCUUUGAUUUCAACGAGACUCAAAGAGAAGGCGGCCCCGAGCAUCCCCACAUAGCGGCCAUCUUGAACAACAUCGGGUUGGUCCAGGAUGAUAUGAAUGCUAGUGGUACACAGAAGACCUUCAGUCUAGCCCUGGGGAUCCUACUCGAGGCAUAUGGCAAAGAUCAUGUUGAUGUGGCUACAGUAAGAUACAAUCUUGGAGCACAGUUCUUUGGGAACCAGAUGUUCCAGCGUGCCAAGUACCAGUUUGAGGAGGCUUACCGUGUCUUCAAGCUCUUCCUCGGGGAGCAUCAUACAAGCACCAGGGUGGCAAAGAAAGCCGUCGAUAUGGUUGAAGAUCUUUGAAUACCAGCUUCAUCCAAAUAAACUUGAAGACGACACUACAGAGCAGACAAACUGUGUUUAACAUGGCUUAUAACAGCACACACAAACAGGUUUUAUAUUGAUUUCGAGUUGAAGAGCAGCCCUAUCUGUGAUUUAUGCCAGCAGAGAAACGGCUGGCAUCAAUAACUAUUUAACAAGGCCAGUAUACAGGAUGCACAUUGGAUCCACAAGACUAUGGAGCACAAUCCAUGUUUCCUUGCAUCAUUGAACAAUGUUAAGCCAUUAUAAAUGUAUGUCGGUUUUUUAUGUUUAUGCUAGGCAAGUAUCCGGAAGAUUUGCAUAAAAAAAUUAAGAGUGUUUAUGGAAUUAUAGUGGUAUGAUAUUGUACAGAAAUUGUUAUAAGAACAAAAUAUAUCAAUUUUCAACUUAAUAUAUCACAACUUGUAGGAUUAUGGAUCUAGUUCCGUUGUGGCAUUUAAUGUAAUAUGACAAGACAUUAAUGAACAUUUUUAUCCCCUCGCCGACGAAGUCAGAGGGGAUAUAGUAACGCUGCUGUCCGUCCUUCCGUGCGUGUGUCCAUGUGUAGCAAAUUUGGUAUGAAGGUACAUGGUAUCAAAAUAAAGCCCAAGUUCGAUUUCGGAGUAUGUAGGUCAUAACUCAUUAAAUAUGCAAAAAACAAAUGUGGUUAACUUCCUUGCCUAGUAACAUCAUAGUAUAGCCCAAUGGGGGUAACUUGUUCUGACGUAUAUAGGCCAUUUGUACCCUGCGAGGGGAUGCUAUGCUUUGCAUUGACUUGUCUAAAUUCUACCAAGGUGAGGUAUACAAGGCAGGAAUUAAUUCCUGGAAAUGCUCCAGUGCAAUAUUUUAUUACACUUCAGACUAUCAUGCAUGAGUUAUUUUGCAAGUACUGUUUUUUUAAUGCUAUUAUUGAAAAAUGUAAUUAAUGUCUAAUUCAGUCAAUUAAAAAAACAGUUGUACUAACAAAAUUAAAUUGAAUUGAGUACCGAAGUGCUAAUCUCAUAUUUGCUAAUUGUCUCUAAACAAUAGAGCCUGCUCGUGAGAUUCGCCAUGAAAUGGAAUUCAGUGUUUGGUGUGAGCACCACUGAUGAAUCGCAUCUCACUGUAGGUGGCUUGUGAGGUGAAGAGCAUUGCACCAUAUAGGUAUUGACCUGGUUUGAAAAGAAUAUAGUCAAUGUUUGAUUUAGAUAUCAUAAGCCUUCUAAUGAAAUAUACUAUACAAAGCGCAAUAUUAGGUAUAUAAAUGUGGAAUAUAGUGCCUUAUAAUGAUUAAGAAUGUUGUAAUUGCAAUUAUACAUAUUAGCAUUAUGCCUGAAACUGAAAUGGUGCAUAUAUGCAUCAGAUUUUUUUUUAUUGUGGCAUAGAAAUGGUUACCAGUAAAGCCUUAUCUUAUAAAGAUGUUAAUUGUGGAAUCAAAUCUACACAAGUAAUGAUAUUAUAUUUCAUUAUGACAACUUAUAAUUAAGAAUAAGAGGGCCAGAACCCCUUGUACCUAUGUGGUCGGAGGUGAAAUCAUGAUUCCUCUAUUGUAGCUAUUAUGUAUGUAUUAUACAGUGACCUUACUAAUAAUAAAUAUCCAAUCGCGACAUUCUCUAAAUUUGCAGAUAUAUGAGAUCUCGUGAGGGGGGUGGGGGGGGGGGGGAGAUACAGCCCCCAGCCUGGCCUCUCAUGCCUAGAUCUCCUGCUUUAGAUGGUCCAGUCCGACCCAGUCAAGGUUUUUAGGGUGGAUGUUGAAUGCUUUGGGACUGGGUGACUGUAGGUGAGGGAUGCCCUCCAUCUGAUGGACCCAACGUCCACUCUGGGAUACCCAUUGCAGCAUACAUGAUGGAGGAGAAGGAACCCUCUGUGCGUUCCAUUUCAUGAGGACCUCCCACGGCUGUUUCGUAGGUCGGAGGGGGAGCAGCUGCAAAUCAUGUCAAAAUUGUCUAUCUGAGUUCAGACCUUGGCUAAAAUCAUGUUUAAGAAAACUUGGACCCAAAGUCUGAUUCAAAUUUUAGUAGAAUAUAGCAUACAAAUUAAUUUAGUAAUAUGUUUAUAAACAUUAUUGAGAGUGAAAUGAAAUACACAAUUUUUGCAUUACUUAAUUUUGUAGAGUUGAUGAGGAAGAUCAUAUUAUGACUUGUUUUCUUGUUGUUUCGUCACAGCACAAUUAUAUUAAAUAAUAAAUAUGAAAAUAA